CCGAGGGGUGUCCCCUCUGGAUAACUACCGUAUCUCGGGCUGCAGAGCUGCUGAGAUUUAACACUUCAGCACCUGCUGCCGCUCGGGAAGCAGACUUGGAGCUUCGGCUUCUUUUUUUUUCUCCUGCUUUGGGUACCACACAACCGCCACCGUGUCUCGCCAGCGAGCCAAGAUGUCCAAAGUGGCCAAAUAUCGGCGACAAGUUAGUGAAGAUCCAGAUAUAGACAAUUUAUUGUCUACUUUGUCUCCAGAGGAGAUGGAGGAGCUGGAGAAGGAGCUGGAUGUGGUGGAUGCAGACGGGAGCAUCCCUGUGGAGCGCAGUCAGACAAACCAAUCAGAAAACUCCUCACUUGGCCCACAAAACUGUGACACGGCGCUCAACCACCACGACAAGGACACCAGGAGGCUCCUGCAGCGGGAGCACUCGAUAGAUGAAAAGAGAUUGAUCAGGAAUAAGGGAGACAAAAAUCAAGAAGAAAAAGGAAGAGAAUCUUCUUCCAAAGAACUGGCCCAGAAACAUGAUACUAAAGUGGGAAAAGACUCUAAAAAGGAAGAAAGUGUUCAGAAAACAGACCUGAAAAGUAAAGAUGAGACUGAGACCAAGAGCAAAGAGAACAAAGCUAUGAACGAUAAAGCCAAGGCCAUGGAGAAAAAGCUGAUGGGGAAGGACAAGAAGGAGGAAGAGAAGGGUUCAGUGUUGAAGAAGGACACAAGGAAGGACAAAAAGGAGGAAGAGAAGAGCUCAGAGUUGAAGAAAGAUGCAGAGGAGGACAAAAAAGAGGAAGACAACAGUUCAUAUUUUAAAAAGAAAGCUGCAGGAAAGGAUAAAAAGGAAAAAGAGAAGGUCUCAGCAGAGAAGGAGGAGACAGAGAAGGAAAAGCAAGAAGAAAACAAUUCAGCAUCAAAGGACACAGGGAAGGACAAAAAGGAGGAGAAAAGUUCAGAAUCAAAGAAACAGGCAGAAAAAGACAUAAGAGGGGAAGGUAAGAAAGAAAAUGAUAAAAAAGAAGAGGAAAAGGCUUCAGCUGUGAAAAAAAACAAGGCAGAUGAGAAUGAUAAAUCCCAGACAGAAGCAGAAAAGGCAGAAAAGGUGGAGGAGAAACAGGAGGCCAAGGCAGCAGCUGGGAGCAGCCCUUCCAAGUCUUCCUCCAGCAGCUCUGCAGAUCAAGCCAAGGACGAUGAAGCCUCCAGCAUCUUUGACGAGCUUAUUGAGAAGGUGAAGAACAAUGAUGCUGAGGUGACUGAGGUCAAUGUGAACAACUCCGACUGCAUCAACAAUGAGACCCUGGUGCGCUUCACUGAGGCCCUAGAAUUCAAUACUGUGGUCAAGGUGUUUGCCCUGGCUAACACCCGUGCUGAUGACCAUGUGGCCUUUGCCAUUGCCAUAAUGCUGAAGUCCAACAAGGUGCUGACAAGCAUCAACUUGGACUCCAACCACAUCACAGGCAAGGGUAUCCUGGCCAUUUUCCGAGCACUGUUGCAGAACAGCACACUGACGGAGCUACGUUUCCACAACCAGCGCCACAUCUGUGGGGGAAAAACAGAAAUGGAGAUUGCCAAGCUCCUGAAAGAGAACACCACACUCCUGAAGCUGGGCUACCACUUUGAGCUGGCUGGGCCACGCAUGACCGUCACCAACCUGCUGAGCCGAAACAUGGACAGGCAGAGGCAGAAACGCCUCCAGGAGCAGAAACUGGCACAGGAACGGGGGGAGAAGAAAGACCUCCUGGAAGUGCCCAAGCCUGGAGCACUGCCAAAGGGGUCACCCAAGGCAUCUCCACAGCCAUCCCCCAAGGCUUCCCCCAAAAGCUCUCCCAAGAAAGGAGGGGCACCCACCAUGCCACCCCCACCUCCUCCUCCACUUGCCCCACCACUGAUGAUCAACGAGAACCUGAAGAACUCGCUCUCACCAGCCACACAGAGGAAGUUGGGAGACCGGGCGCUGCCAGUCCAGGAGAAGAACUCUCGAGACCAGCUCCUGGCAGCCAUUCGUUCCAGCAACCUCAAACAGCUCAAGAAGGUGGAGUUGCCGAAGCUGCUGCAGUAG